AUCAAGCAUGUGGAUAUCUUUUUUAGUUCUGUUACCAGCUGUAAUAGUAGCACAAAACGGAGAAGAAGCUGUCGAGAAUGCAGAAAAUUUCAGAAGGCUUUACGGAAUUGCUUCAAAAAUCAUGGAACUCAGUGGUAAUAUCAUGAACGGAAAUGGUGGAAGUGAACAGGAAAUUCGUCCUCGCUUUCAAGGGGUUCGAUCGUUCACUGAAGACAACAGUAUCCUGAGUGGUGGAGGAUCAUCGUCACAGAAUGGGAUUAUGGCGCAAAUGUUACAACAGUACGGAGGAAUGCUUGCCAAUGCAAAGUUUGCCCAGCCGACAACUACAACGACGCAAGCGCCUGCAGGAUUCAAGGCGAUCAUUGAUUCUUUCCUAGGCACGGGCAACAGUAGAUCAGCUGGCGGAGGUGCUGACGAAUAUGAAAACUUACCACCACCACCAACUCCACGACCACGACCACGUCAAAACCUGUUCGGACAGUUCCUUGGAGGAGGACAGGCAGCAAAUUCCAAUGCGCUGCCGUCACAGCAAUCAUCCUCACAGUCUGCUGCCGGCGGAAACCUUUUGAGUCUUUUUGGAUUGAUGCCAACUCCAGCCCCAACAACGACCACAACCACUGAAGCAAGCCCUGUUCAAAAAAUUAUGAAUAUGUUCGUUCCUCAAGAACGCCCACAGCCUGAACAAUCGUCCAGCCGUGGGAAGUUGAACUUUAUGGAAAUGUUUGGAUUGGUGAAGCCAACCACUACCACCACUUCAGCUCCACCUCUCCGAGCACUCUUUGCUCCAGAUAAACCGUACAAGGGAACUGCUGAGGACUUUGAUGGAAUCAUGAAUGCUCUGCUUCGUACAAACGCUAAACCAGCUCGCCAAGAACCAUCUUCUAUUCUGUCUCAAUUCUUCGGUGGAAAAAAAUAAGUUAUUUGAUUACCCCCAUUCCGUUCGUAUUUUAAUUUAUUUUCACAACACCCCAAGCCCCGAUUGGAGAUCUCAAACUACUCUUUCCUGUCUUUUUUUCAUUUAUUCAAUAUUUUAAUUCAACAUUCAUCAGGUUUUUUUGCUAAGAAAAUAUUAUAAAUUAUUUUAAUUAUUA